AUGUUUAAGAAGAGUCAACUAUAUCUUAUAGCUUGCUAUUUUACACUAAGUUUGAUAAUUGCGAUCAUAUCGAAAACUAUCAUUACUGCGACUACCACAAACAAACAAAUGACGAUGACUUCGAGAUCCAUUCUCAAAGUUCUCUACGCAAACGAACAAGCUGAAGGUGUUGGAGCUAAAGUUCGUCGGUCCAUUGGAACUGGCGGUAUGAGAAACUUCACACCAUUCUUAAUGUUGGAUCAUUUCAACGUUGCUAAAGGUGCAGGGUUUCCGGAUCAUCCUCACAGAGGUCAGGAGACGGUUACUUUGCUCAUGAAAGGGAGUAUGCUUCAUGAGGAUUUCACAGGUGCAUCGGGUAUUUUGAGGCCUGGUGAUCUUCAAUUCAUGACUGCUGGAAAAGGUGUGUGUCACAGUGAGAUGCCAUACUCUCCGGAUGGUUCUGACGUUGUGGGAAUGCAACUAUGGAUUGACCUUCCAAAAGAGUUGAAGAAUACCAAGCCCAGAUACAGAGACUUGAGAAGGGAGGAGAUCCCAGUUGUUCAACCAAACGAGAAUGUGACUGUUUCCGUGAUUAGUGGUAAUUCGUACGGCACUGAAUCUGUCAAAGAGCUUGCAUACACUCCUAUUGAAUACUAUGACUUCAAGGUGAAGGAGGGUGGAGAAUUUGAACAGAAAAUUCCCAAGGAUUUCAAUGCAUUCCUCUAUCUUUUAGAAGGUGAGUUGACAAUCAGCGGAGAAAAAAUCCCACAGUUCAACUCUGUCUUCUUUAAAAGAGACGGCGAUGCCAUCAGAGGCAGUGUUCCAAAAGGAUCCAAAGCGGCCAACUUCGUGGUGAUUGCCGGCAAAGUGCUUGACCAGCCCAUCGUCCAGUACGGACCAUUUGUCGAAACAUCUAAGGAGGAGAUUUAUGAGGCCUUCAACGACUAUCAGCAUGCCACUAACGGAUUUGAGAGAGCCAAAGGUUGGGCUAGUAAGAUCGGAUCAGGCGUGACUCCAGAGAUUUACGAGGCAAUUAAAAAUAAAGAUCAUUUGCCCAAGAACUAG